AUGACUAUGCAAUCGGGAUUCAACACUCCAACCUACCGCCGCCGCAGUUCUAGUCGACCUCGAAGACCCGAACGACCAUUCGAAAGCCCUUAUCGUCGCUGCUUCGUUGCACCUCGAUCUGCACAAUUUGGAGACGUCCCCUCCGACUAUCCCGGAGCAGGUGAUAAUACUUUGCAACAAUCUCCUCCCGCUGUCAAUAAUGGAGAAAUAUUUGCCCAGCGAGGAGAAGAAAGCCCUACGAUAGAUGCUUUGAUGAAGAAGUUGCAGCAGACGGAGGAUCAUUUAAAAGGGGCUUUGGUGUGGAUUGCAGUGUUAAUUUUUGUGAUUGUGUGGUUGCUUUGGUCGUAG